AUGAGCAUAUCGUCGCUGGUGGAUACUCUAGCUGGCCUCUUUCCAAACUGGUCCAGAGAUGAGCUCUUGAACAGGUUGAAUAAAUGCGACCGAAUCGAGAUAGUUAUAGAAGAUUUGAUCAAGGAGCAAGAAUACUCACAGAACCCGGAGUCGCCUGAACUCAGGAGGUUGCAAGACAUCCUACCUGACGCUGACACAGAGAAGUUGAGACGACUUCUUCGUGAGAAUGAGGACGAUGUUUCGAAAGUAUUUGAAGCGUACACAGCACUGGACGCCACUUCAAAUGAAUUGAUGAUUGUUACAGGACUUCUGGAAGACAUUAUUGAGCCGUAUUUGCAGAGGAAUGGCUGCCGAAUGCUGGCAUUGGCAGACAUUAUGUGUAAUUAUAGACGCAAAAAGCGAAUGAAGGGUUCUCGAGUACAAGACUCACGCAACAAUCUCUCUAAACUGGUGUUUCAAGGAGUCUCUUACACAUACAAUGAUACGAGCCGAGAGGCCGAAGAGUUGAGGAAACAAAUCGAACAACAAACGCUCUUGCAGCAGGUGAACUAUGCGUUUCUUGUAAAGUGUCUCGAGUUCUUCGAGGGAGCUGUCGAUAGGGUGCUACGUGUGGCUUACCUUUUCGUGGAUCAUGCUGCCACCAAGCUCACUUUUGAUCCAAAACUAGGACUUGAUACUACAUAUCAGGUUGAAUCGAAGGCUGCCGAUAUCCUCAAAGCCUGUAAAAAUGUUCCCCAGAAAGCAUGGAAGUUCACCCCCUCUUCCACUUUCAACACGAUGAACUCUGGAAUGUCCCUGCUUUCGAAGACUCAAUCUUUGCCAUCCCCUGUCUCUGGAAUAGUUGAUCUUCAUGGCUAUCUCGUAGGCGAGGCCGUUCAAUUAGCAGAACGUGAGGUGAAGAAGUGGUGGAAUGAGGAGAUAAGAGAAAGACAAGCGCACGGCAUUCUCUCAAAGUUUGGCUCAAGGGCAGCUUUCGUUGAACCUCUUGACGUUAUCACUGGACGAGGCUUGCACUCGUCAGGGGGCCCAAAACUUCGAAAACCAGUGAUACAAAUGCUUAACAGGCUAAAGUUCUUGUACAGGGAGGAAAUAGGACGCGUUGUCGUGGUUGGUAGACACAUCACCUGA